AUGCCCCCGAAGAAGGCCCCCGUGCAAGAAAAGGUCCUGCUGGGCCGACCUGGUAACAACCUGAAGAGUGGUAUCGUUGGUCUCGCCAACGUCGGCAAGUCCACGCUCUUCCAGGCCAUCACCAAGUCGUCGCUGGGUAACCCCGCCAACUUCCCCUAUGCCACCAUCAACCCUGAAGAAGCCCGUGUCAUCGUCCCCGAUGAGCGCUUCGACUGGCUCUGCUCCCACUACAAGCCCAAGUCCGAGGUCCCCGCCAACUUGACUGUGUAUGAUAUUGCCGGUCUGACCCGUGGUGCCUCGACUGGUGCCGGUCUGGGUAACUCCUUCUUGUCGCACAUCCGUGCCGUCGAUGCCAUCUUCCAGGUCGUUCGGUGCUUCGAUGAUGCUGAGAUUAUUCACGUUGAGGGUGACGUCGACCCCGUUCGGGAUUUAACUAUCAUCAACGAGGAACUGCGGAUCAAGGAUAUUGAGUUUGUCGAGAAGGCGCUUGAGAAUCUGAAGAAGCAGACCCGUCGUGGUGGUCAGACUUUGGAGAUGAAGAAGCUCAGGGAGGAGGAGGCCACCGUGGCCCGAGUGCUUGAGUGGUUGCAGGAGGGUCAUGAUGUCCGCAAGGGUGACUGGGGCCCGAAAGAGGUCGAGGUCAUCAACCCUCUCUUCCUUCUCACUGCCAAGCCCGUCGUCUAUCUCGUCAACCUUAGCGAGAAGGACUACAUUCGCCAGAAGAACAAGUACCUUCCCAAGGUGUUCGAAUGGAUCAAGGAGAACUCUCCCGGUCCUCUGAUCCCCAUCUCUGCUUCGUUUGAGGAGCGCCUGGCUCUCAUGUCUGAUGACGCCGCCGCUGAGGAGGAGUGCAAGAAGCUUAACACCAAGUCUGGUCUUCCCAAGGUCAUUACUACUAUGCGUCAGGCUUUGAACCUGUCCAGUUUCUUCACCACUGGUGCGGAUGAAGUCCGCCAGUGGACUAUCCGAAAGGGUAUCAAGGCACCAGCUGCCGCCGGUGUCAUUCACACUGACUUUGAAAAGACUUUCAUCCAGGCUGUUGUCUACAACUACACCACUCUGCGUGAGUACGGUGAUGAAGGUGCCGUCAAGGCUGCCGGAAAGAUUAUGACCAAGGGCAAGGAUUACGCCGUAGAGGAUGGUGAUAUCUUGCUCAUCAAGGCCGGUGCUGCCAAGGGUUAA